AUGACUGCAACAAAUAAUAACUCAAAACCCUACAUACCUGUUGCCGGCAUUGCCAGUGAUGGCUGGUCAACAAAAGACCAGGCGACUGCUACAUGCUACUGCGGUACUGUGCAGUUGAUAUUUCCAACAAGAGGCCCCGGACUCGUUGAUACAUUCGCCUGUCACUGCACGGACUGCCGCAAAAUAACCGCAUCGAUGUUCGCGACUAAUUUCAUCGUUGCGGAUCCAUAUCUCAAACACGUGCGCGGCGAAGAGGCCCUCACCAAAUUUAGCCAGUCGAAAACCACCACGUCCGGCAAAGCAAUGGCAAACUUCUUUUGUUCCAAGUGCGGCACGCUCAUGUAUCGGACCGGUGAACUUUUCCCAGGACAGCGCAUCCUUCGCACUGGAACAGUGGACGACUUUACCCUGCAUGAAACGACACUGAAGCCACGGGCUGAGAUAUAUACCAAAGAUCGUGUUGGUUGGCUGUGUAGUGCAAAGGGGGUUGGACAGGUUGAGGGGGUGGCUCUUCCUGCCAAGGAUGCUGGCAUCCCCAAUGAAUAA